AUGAUACAACUUAUAGAGAAGCAACCUGAAGAGAAUGAGAGAGAUGUGGAGGCAUCGGUUGAAGAAAAGAAUAAAGAAAAGGCAAAUGAUACUAUUGAAGUUGACAAGAGAAAUCCUGAAAAAGUUGAAAGGAAACUAUUUAAGUGGGAGAAGAAGAAAUCUUUAGAAAGGCAAGACAAGCCUUUGGAUCUCUCCCCAUAUGCUCGAAUCCCUUAUCCUCAGAGAUUAAAGAAAGAGAUUCUGAAGCAGCAGUAUUCAAAGUUUCUAGACAUAUUCAGGAGGAAGCAUAAGUUGCAGGAAUGUGAGACGAUGAAUCCGACGGAGGAAUGUAAUGCUAUCAUCCAAAAGAAGUUACCCACCAAAGUUAAGGAUCCAAGGAGCUUCAGCAUUCCAUGCACUAUAGGAAAAGUGGAAGUGGACAACGUUUUAUGUGAUCUUGGAGCUAGCAUCAAUGUCAUGCCAUUCUCCAUGAUGAAGAAGCUAGGGAUUACUGAAGUCAAGCCCACAAGAACAAUAGUGCAACUGGUUGACUGCUCUACAAAACAAGCUUAUGGAAUCAUUGAGGAUAUACUAGUAAAGGUUGACAAAGUCUUCUUGGCAACCUCAGGAGCACUGAUUGAUGUACUUAAAGGUGAGCUGAUCUUAAGGGUAGACGAAGAGCAAGCAAUUUUCAAGUUCUUUGACAAAGAAGUCCCCUCACCUAUAGCUCAACCGGAAGAUCAAGUUUACUAUAUCAGUGAAAAGAAAGGAGGAGGAGAGAACAAAGAGAAUUCUCCUCAAGAAAGUAAGCCAAAGGUUAAAAUAGAGAAGCCUAAGAGCAAGGGAAAGCACAUAAAAGCCAAGUUUAGAGUUCCUGAGGAUACUUUAUCUCAUCUAUAUGAACAGGAACAUUAUGGAGGGACACAACUUUUUAAUGAGAGGGCUUGGUCAUCCCUAAACCAAUGCUUUGAGCCACCAUGA